GUCGGCAAUAUGGCAGCCCUGUGGAAAGCUUACCAGAGGCUGAUGGCCAGGCAUCCCUGGAAGGUGCAGAUCAUCACAGCUGGGACCCUGGUGGGUGCCGGAGAUGUGAUCUCUCAGCAGCUGGUGGAAAGGAGAGGGUUUGCCGGACACAACAGCCAGAGGACUUUGAAGAUGAUGACUGUUGGCUUUUGUUUUGUGGGCCCGGUGAUCGGAGGUUGGUACCAUGUACUGGAUCGUCUGGUACCAGGCAAAACCAAAGCAGCUGCUCUCCAGAAAAUGCUUCUGGACCAGGGCGGGUUUGCCCCCUGCUUCCUGGGCUGUUUUCUGGCUGUGGUGGGCACGCUCAAUGGCUUGUCCAUGGAAGAAAACUGGAGCAAGAUCAAGCGGGACUACCAAGAUACCCUGAUCACCAACUACUAUAUCUGGCCAGCUGUGCAAGUUGCCAACUUCUACUUCAUCCCCUUGAACUACAGGCUGGCUGUGGUCCAGUGUGUCGCCAUUGUCUUCAACGCCUACCUCUCCUGGAAGACUAAUCAACUGUGACUUGGCAACGUGGAGACACAGAGGCUGUUCUGGGCACCAGCACAUCAGAGCUCACUUCUUCCUUCCUGGUGCCUGCAGCACAUGCUCCCUUUGGCCUCUGUUUCUCACACAGGGGAGCUGUCUGUUGCCCACAGCAGAGUAUCCUGCCUUGGCACCCCCUUCCCCCCUCACAUGGCCCCUGUUCCAUCUUGAGCCCCACACAAGUUGAGACUACCCUGAAUCAGUCAUGAGGCUCAAGUGUAUAUGUCUCUGCCAGCAUGAACCAGGCUGAAGAUACUCCUCAACCCCAGGAGGGCCAGGAGUUACAGGCUGUCUGUUGGAUGGAUCAAUUUCCUGAGUUGUGGAAGACCUUAAUAUUGCUGUGGGCAUUCAGAAACAUGACUUGCAUUUGCAGUAAGAGCCUUUUUGAAAAUGGAACAUUAAGGGAAGGCAAACAUGGAGCCCAAAGUCUUUGCCAGUUCUCAACGGCUGUGAAUAAUUUCCAGGUAGUUGUAGGUAGAUUCCACGAAUCAGGUAGAAACUGAUCAGACAAUUUCCAGCUAUGGGUCCAUUCUGUGCAUCUUCAAGACCUGGUUGUCAUUCUAAGGAAUGAAUAAGCUGCUACACCAUGUGGUCACAGUCACGGUCUUGGAUCAGGGAAGAGAUGAUGGGUCUUUCAGUGGGUUCUGUUAGGCAUGAUGGCUGAAGGGAACUUCCAUGUUCAGGUGCAGUGUACCUCUGCAGAGCCUCUGUAACCUGCUUAGUAAAUAGUUGUGACAGAUGUGGACACGGGAGCAAAUGUAAAUAUAUCAGAGAAGCCAUGUUGGAUCAAUAAGAUGGCCCAUCCAGUCCAACCCUCUGUGUCACACAGUGGCCAAAACCCAUCAGGAGAUUCACCAGCGAAGCAAGGUUCCCACAGUUGCCGUUCCCCCAAGCACCAAGAGUGUAGAACAUGUGCUGAGCAGUGUUCCCUCUAAGCUGAGUUAGCGUGAGCUAGCUCACAAAUUUUUAGCCUCCAGCUCACACAUUUUUGUCAGCUCCGGAAAGAUGACUCCUGAGCACACUAAUUUUUGCAGUAGCUCACAGCCUUAAUGCCAGUAACUCACAAAGUAGAAUUUUUGCUCACAGGAUUAUGCAGCUUGGAGGGAACAUUGGUGCUCAGGUUCUGAAAUCAGGAUAAUGGUCUCUAGGGUCCUCCCCUGUCGAACAUGGUGGCUUCAGUAAUGGGGCCAGUCCCAGUGGAGUUUUUCUUGAGUGAAUCUCUGUAUUUAUUUAGAAAAUUUCUAAGCCACCUCUCCAUAAACCUUGUUCUAGGCAGACAAUACCUGAUAAACCAGAGCAGAAAAGGGAGCAGUGGAAAGGGGCAGGUGGUGGAGCUCCCGUCAGCUUCAGAGAGGAGCCCUGGAGCAGUUUGGAGUGCUCAGAGACCCUGCCUGCUUCACUCUACUAAAUGUGGGGAAGCCCUUGAGGGAGGAAUCAGGAUUUUUUUCAGUAGCUAAAGACUGCAUAGAAUGGCACUGUGCAGUGUUCCCUAGAAGAUGAGUUAGUGUGAGCUAGCUCACAGGUUUUUAGCCUCCAGCUCACACAUUUUUCUCUUAACUCAAGAAGGAUGGCCCCAGAGCAGUGUUGCUCACUCGCAACUUCCUCACAAAUUGCUCACUCACAACUUUAAAAUUAGCAACACACAAAGUAGAAUUUUUGCUCACAAGACUCCACAGCCUAGAGGAAGCAUUGGAACUGUGCUGUGAUUUUUUUAAACUUUCAAAAGAACUGUAUUGAAUUAUAAAAGUACAUAAAAUGGGCUACACAGAAACAGCAAAUAAAGUAAACUAUUGUGCCUCUU